UGAUACAAAUUUAUUUUCAGUCGCACUAAAAUCGUUGUUUCAUUAAAAUCAAAUUUUUCUAGUAUUCACUAUUAAAUAUCAUAGUCGCAUUGCUCUAUGAAAAUGGUUGGCGAUGGCUUGAAUAGUCCCCGCCAACAGGGCGGAAAAGCGAAAUCGGCAAAGAGUGAUCCGCAAUUUCCAGAUAAGUAUUCGAUGCGCAACACUCGUGUUCUCAAAGCAAAUUCGAAAAAUCUGACAGAAUUGCCAGAAGACAUCGUUGAGAUGGCGUGCCAUGAGCUAGUCGAUAUUGUUAGCCUUCAAGACAACUUGCUGACAAAAGUUCCGUCGGAACUGCAAAAUAUGAGCGAAUUGCUAACAGAGUUGAAUUUGUCUAAGAACCAAAUCUCAUUCAUACCCUCCUUCAUAUCGCAGUUCUCGCGUCUCUUACGCAUUAAUUUAUCAGGCAAUUUACUUCGUAGCUUGCCCAUGGAGUUGGCUGGUCUUAAAAUGCUCCGUGAAUUAAAUAUUUCUCACAAUCGUUACGAACAAUUGCCAACUUGCAUCUACGAAUUGGAAAGUCUGGAAACACUUAUUGCUAAUGAUAAUCAAAUUCAAGAAAUCGAUGCUACUGAUAAUGGAUUGGGGGGCCUCCCUAAACUUGGCACUCUAAAUCUUACCAAUAAUAAUAUACAGAUCGUACCGCCAGUGCUGGGAAACCUUACGAGUAUAGAUGAGCUGCAUUUGUCUGGAAAUCCUUUCCGUCAGCCUCGUCAUCAAAUUUUAGCAAUGGGCACUGCUUCCAUCAUGGAAUAUCUACGGAAUCGCAUUCCCCUGUAAACUUAUUUUAUCAUUUGUACCUUAGAUGCUAAUAAAAAAGAAAAUCUAAAAAAAAAAA